ACUAUCCCGGAUGUAGCUGUUGCAAUGCAACAAGGAGGUAAUGUAAGUAGCACUUCAGGAGAGUCGAAGGCCGAUCCAAUAAGUGAAGCACAACGACUAGUGCCUGCGAUGAAGCAAUCAUUGGGAGAUCUUGUAAAAGUUGCUUGCGAAACUCUUAUUCAUAGAACGUCACUGGAUGGAAGUGCUGAGAAAAUGGAAGGAGUAAACGUUAUAGUAUCUGGCCAAUUUGACAGACAACUUGAAAAGUUUUACAGUGUCUGUGAUAAACUACAGAUAUGCUUGGUAGACUACUGCCUUGGAUGCUGUGGUUCAGUCUCAAGACAGUGCUGAGAUGUACAAGAUGGUCGAUACUUGUGGAUCUAGUGAAACACAGUUGCCACGAACUCACCAAACUACUCUAACAUAUGAUCAGUGUUUGGCCGCAGCAGAGAGGCGAUCUGCUGAGAUAAAAGAAAUGCAUGAUGUGCUACAGGAAUUCACUCAUAGUUUGGAAACAUAGUAGUACACAUUGUACUACACAUUUAGUAAUGAAAUUGUAAAGAAGUCAUAUGUAUACUGGUGUAGUAAUUUAACAGUUUUUGCGUAGGCGUGGACUUCUUAAAUCUACUAUCCCGUAUGUUAUGUAAUUCGUCUGACGUAGUAGAAUGAGCAGCUGGCUCUUCAGUGGUUUCGUCUUCAUUGCUAGUGUGGUGUGUCUGUUGAGCACCAAACCGAGCAUAUUGCUCAUUAUUGCUGAUGACUAUGGUUUUCAUGACAUUGGCUAUCACGAUAGUGAGAUUAGAACACCGGUACUUGAUAAACUGGCAGGAGAAGGAGUCAAACUUGAGAACUACUACGUGCAACCCAUUUGUACACCAACUAGAAGUCAACUUCUCAGUGGAAGAUAUCAAAUCCAUACGGGUUUACAACAUGGCAUCAUUUGGCCAGCUCAGCCCAAUGGAAUCCCACUCAAUGACACACUCUUACCACAGAAGCUGAAAGAACUGGGUUAUGCUACUCAUGCAGUGGGCAAAUGGCAUGUAGGUUUCUUUAAGAAAGACUACACUCCAACCCAACGAGGAUUUGACUCAUUCUUUGGAUAUUUGACUGGAUCUGAAGAUUACUACACUCACACAAGGAGAAACGGCUUUCCUGGUUGGCCUGAAUGCAAAAACUGGGAAGGAGUAGAUCUGCAUCAUAAUGAAAAAGUUGUCAGAACUGAGAAUGGGACAUAUUCGACUCAUCUGUUUACACAGAAAGUUAUUGAUAUCAUUAAUCAACACAAUACUGAUCAUCCACUAUUUGUGUAUCUUCCUUUUCAAGCUGUUCAUGAACCAUUACAGGUUCCCGAAUCUUACUUGAUGCCAUACAUGCACAUAGAAGACCACAACAGACGCAUUUAUGCCGGAAUGGUUUCUGCAAUGGAUGAAGGAGUAGGAAACAUUACUAAAGCUCUGAGGACAAAAGGAAUCAUGAACAACACAGUCAUUAUCUUCUCAACUGACAAUGGUGGGCAGAUCUUGAAUGGUGGCAACAACUGGCCUCUACGUGGUUGGAAAGGUUCUCUGUGGGAAGGGGGCAUUAGAGGUGUGGGAUUCGUUCACAGUGGCAGUCUGCAGAAUCGUGGUUCUACUUGUUAUUCUAUGAUCCAUGUCACUGACUGGUAUCCAACCAUCAUACAUUUGGCUAGUGGAGAUGUGUCUGAUAUGGAACUUGAUGGAUACAACCAGUGGGAUACUAUUAGUAGUGCGACUCCAUCAAAAAGGUCAGAGAUAUUGCACAACAUUGAUCCUGGAGUCACCAUCUUCAAUCAGACUAGUGCAUUUCGAGCAGCCAUAAGGGUUGGUGACAUGAAACUGAUUAUUGGUGACCCAAACAAUGGCAGUUGGAUUCCUCCUCCUGGUAUGCCAUGCCCUGGGCAUUGCAUUGUUAACAACAUUCCAAGUAAUGGCACUUGGCUCUUUAAUAUUACAGCUGAUCCUGAAGAAAGGAAUGACUUAUCAUCAAAGUACCCUAUCAAAGUGAAGGAGCUCUUAGAAAGGCUGCAUGCAUACAAUCAGACAGCAGUACCUGUGCGUUACCCACCACCUGAUCCACAAGCUAACCCUGCUCUCCACAACAAUGCCUGGGUACCAUGGAAUGAGUUAUAGCUUGAAAGGAACUACAAGACUUCAUUUUUGUCAUUCAUUAGGAUUAGGUUGGACACUGUAUACCUUCUCAUUCAAACAAGUAUGGUACUCAACUCAGGAUCCUUGCAGUCCAUAGAAUGUAGUUUAAAUUAAUACCAGUAGUUGGUAAUACCAGUAGUUGUUUAGUGAGGCUACUGUACUAAUAACAAUGAUAGAUGGUGACAACGCUGAAAUUGUAACAUAAUUUAUGUGAUUACAUUGUAGUUGUCUAGAGUCACCCUCUUUGUUUCUGGACAUGAAUAUUUGACUGAGUCAACCCUGAAGUAAAGGGAUGGUCUGACGGUAAAUAUGACUGCAUUUGUUCAUCGCUGAUGCGACUUUUGAGAGAAAGCUGGUGCUGCUACCGGCUAGUAGUCAUGUGGUGUGCCUGGUGUCUAACUUUGUGUGUGUG